UGCACACACUCCGCCCCGGCUCGCUGCCCCCGUGUCUCGGAUGCUGCCUUUGGCAUGGUCCGGCUCCGCUAUUAACUCCGUGGCGCUCACCUUUCCGGUGGCAGACCGGUCGCAGCAUGUCCCGGGACCGCUUCGGCAUCUUCAACACCCGCCAGCUGAAGGAUGUGUUGGAGGACGAGGAGAAACUGGCCAGGAUGGUGCAGCUGAGUCCGCAGUUACAGGCACUCCAGCUGGAGCGGGAGAUGACCCUAGCCAAUAACCGGAGGAUGGCCGAGGAUAAUCUCAGCAUGCAGCCUUUGCUGGACACCGGCAAACUGCGCUUAGCCGGGAAGUACCAGGAGCUGCAGGAGGUGACUGCAGUAUACGGGGAGAAGCAGAGAAAAGUGGCCGCUUACCUGGAGAGACACAGCCCCAAGUCUGCACUGGAACUCCUGCGAAGAGACAUGGUCAAAAAGGAAGAGGAAUCUGAGGAAAUCACUGACACGUUCUUGGCUGGUAAGGUGUCAUUGGAGAGCUUCCUGCAGAAGUUCCACAGGACGAGAAAACUUUGCCACGUGAGAAAAACUCAAAUGGAGAAGCUGCAAGAGCUGAUUAAGAAGGACAAACGGAGUCAGCAGCAGGUAGUGCAACAGAGGACAGAGCAGCGAGCGGCCUCCCACAAUCUUCCUCCCAACCUGAGAAAUGGACCUGUGGGCCACAUCCUGCAUCAGCGUCAGGGCUUCAAGCCCACUGUCAUCCUGACCCCAGAGACCGCGAGUCCAUUCCCUGCACCUUCGCCUGUUCCUCAGAGCAAGAACCUGCCUCCACUCAGCUUGCGUGAGCACCAACCUGCAGCUUCACAGUCUAACACUCCAUUCACGCCCCACGCACUUCGCUCUGGCCUGCGUUUGCUUGGCCAGCUUCCUAUAUGGACCCCUAGGCCAUUUAAGAUUCAGAGGGAGUACCCGGUGCAGAAGCAACCUCCCUACCGAUAG